AUGGAUGAGAAAAUUGAGUUCAAGCCAUUUCUAGAACAGCCUCAAGCUCUGCAUGCAGAGAAACGCUACAAAAAGCCAUCAGGGCUCAGAAAGCAAUUGGGCCUUUUGUUGUUGAUGGCAAUGACUGCUUUCUCACUCUUCUCUACCUGGUCCUGCGGUCAAACCCAGUCCACGAAAGUCGACAAGAACGUUGUCGUGGGUGCCUAUCUUAAAGCGAUGGAGACAAAUAACAUUGAGGAAUGGCUCAAGAAGUACACGAGUACUCCACAGACUGCCGGCACUAACUUUCCCAUGGUUCAAUGGUGUAGGGAUAAGCUUGAACAAUACGGAUUUGAGGCUACAAUUGAUGAAUACGAAAUCUACAUGAGCUACCCCAACUCGAGUGCAUUGAGUCUUUUGACUAAUGAUUCCGUUGUCUAUGAGGCUCCCUUAGUUGAAGAUGUUUUGGAAGACGAUCCAGACACCAGUGGCGACGAUUUAGUCCCCACUUAUCUGGGAUACGGUGGAAAUGGAAACGUAACAGCUGACUACAUCUACUGCAACUACGGUUCCAUGGCUGACUUUGCCAAGUUGGAGAAAUUGGGUGUCUCAGUGAAAGGAAAGAUUGCGAUCAUGAGAUACGGAGGCAUUUUCAGAGGGCUCAAGGUCAAGUUUGCCCAGGACAGAGGUGCAGUUGGAGCAAUUCUGUAUUCCGAUCCAGGCGACGAUUUUGGUAUAACUCCAGCCAAUGGCUACAAGACGUAUCCCGAUGGACCGGCUAGAAACCCUAGUGCUGUGCAACGUGGAUCCGUCCAAUUUCUGUCCUUUUUGCCUGGUGAUCCAACCACUCCUGGCUAUGCUUCCAAGCCUGGUGUUCCAAGAUCCGAUCCAUUCUACUCUACACCCAGAAUUCCCGUUCUUCCCCUCAGUUACCGUGAUGUCACCCCAAUUCUGGAGAAGCUGAACGGAUACGGGCCCAAUGUGGACGAGGUCAUCCCUGCCGAGGAAGACACGUCCAGCGACAAAUUCACAGGCGAGUUACCUGGAUACGACUAUUCCAUUGGCCCCAACCCUGAAGCCACACUGAAUUUGUACAGCAACCAGAUCUUCAACAUAACGCCUUUGUGGAACAUCUACGGUGAGAUUCUGGGUGAGAAUCAAGAUGAGGUCAUCAUUAUUGGAAACCACCACGAUUCUUGGAUCAAGGGAGGUGCUGGUGAUCCUCAUAGUGGAAGUGCUGUGCUGUUAGAGCUGGCAAGGGGCCUCGACGAAGUGAUCAGAACCACCGGGUGGAAGCCAAAGAGAACCAUUAUGCUUGCGUCCUGGGACGGGGAGGAGAUGGGACUUCUCGGAUCCACUGAAUUUGGUGAAUACCUUGCUGAUAAACUCCAACGCAAGGUUAUUGCCUACUUCAACUUGGAUGUGGCUACAAUUGGUCCAAACCUGGAGGCCAGUGCCUCGCCCUUAUUGCAUGAGCUUUUCCGUUCUACUUUAGCCAAGCUGGAAUACCCUAAGGGAGGAUCUCUUUACGAGCAUUUCAAGGCGUUUACAGGUGACAGGAUUACCAACUUGGGGUCUGGUUCCGACUACACUGUGUUUCAGGAGCACUUGGGAAUCCCCUCCAUUGACAUGGGAUUCAUCUCUGCCAAGGGCGAUCCAAUCUACCAAUACCACUCCAAUUACGACUCAUAUCACUGGAUGGAGAAGUUUGCGGAUCCUGGGUUCACAUAUCACAAUCUGAUGUCCAAGCUUCUGGGUUUGCUCGUAAUCGAGAUUUCAGAGUCUGACAUGAUCAAGUUCAAGCUGGAGGACUACUCCUCAAGUCUAGAGGAAUACUACGAGGACGCCAUCUCUGGAAUUCCUUCGAAGUGGCUGGAACAAGAGGUCAGUCUCAUGAACAUGCAUGUGAUCAACGGACUUUUUGCAAAUCGUGUUUCUAGCGGUGAGUUCACUAUUCCUCGUUACUUGCAGACCUGUCCUCAGAUGGCCGAGUUUGGUUCUGUUCCCACAAGCCAUCACCACAAGAACACUACGUUUGGUGAUCUCUUGGGGAGUGCUAGCAACUCUCUUAAACAGCUCAGCAAUACCACUUUACUGUUCGACGACAAGGUGCUUCUUGUUCAGGAUCAACUCAACCACUGGGACGAGUUAUCGCUAAUUCAGAAGAUCAAGGUCCAUUUUACAGCCAAAAAGUACAACGCUAAACUCAAGUAUAUCGAGCGUGCGUUCUUGCACUAUGAUGGACUUGACGAGCGCUCAUGGUUCAGACACAUUGUGUUUGCUGCUGGUAGAUACACGGGAUAUGCUGGUCAAACUUUCCCGGGACUCAGAGAGGCCAUUGAGGAUGAUGACUUUGACCGUGCUGUUAAGUGGUUGUAUAUCAUCAGUCAGACUGCGAAGAAGGUGAACUUUAAUCUUAGUGUUUGA